AGUUUCCAGAUGCUUCGAUGAAUCCUCAAGAAUCGCUGCAAAUAGGUCCAGAUUGUCUUUGACUGUCAGCUCCUAGAGGGUGAAGAUCAUCUAUUCAUCUUCUAUUUCUCCCACUACCCAGCACCAGAAGGGACUGUGGAUUUACCGAGUGAUUCCCUUUGAUGUGGUACCAGAAGCUCUGGCCCCUGCCUCUCCCCUGCCCUUCUUUGGGAUGCAGUAGGUGAUUUCCAGUUCUACUGCAAUGGCAGUUGGAGCUAUCUCCAGUUCCCUUCUGGUCACCUGCUGCCUGAUGGUCGUCCUCUGUAGUCCCUCCAUCCCCGUGGAAAAACUGGCAAAGGCUGAAGACAAACAGGAUGUGAAAACCAGCCAGGAGAAGAGAGACCACCUAGCCCGGGACAGCCAGAGCCAACUAGGCUCGGGGAAAAUGAAUGAAAUCAGCAGAAAUGGGAGAGAGGAGGGCACCUCCAGGGAUGGGAAGAGCAAAGGAAACCGAAAUUUUUCCAACAAAGAUCCUUGGAGCAAACAGAAGCAGGGUUGGAAUAGUCAGGGGAUGAGCAGCAAGUCGGAGGAUUUGCAAGCUCAAGAACCAGGGGGGAGCAUGCAGGAAGAACCGGGCACUGUAGAAGAAGACUUGGUCACUCCUGAGCCUCCUGAGGAGUAUGUCUACCCGGACUACAGGGGGAAGGGCUGUGUUGACGAGAGUGGCUUCGUUUACGCUAUCGGAGAGAAGUUCACUCCAGGCCCCUCGGCCUGCCCCUGCCUCUGCACCGAGGAGGGACCAUUGUGUAUUCAACCCGAGUGUCCAAGACUUCACCCCCGCUGCAUCCAGGUAGAUGCCAGUCAGUGCUGCCCUCAGUGCAGAGAGAGAAAAAACUACUGCGAAUUCCGAGAAAAGACCUACCAGACCCUGGAGGAGUUCAUGGUCUCCCCGUGUGAGAAGUGCCGCUGCGAAUCCAACGGUGAAGUUCUGUGUACGGUGUCUGCCUGUCCUCAGACCGAAUGUGUGGAUCCAGUAUAUGAGCCUGAUCAGUGCUGCCCCAUCUGCAAAAAUGGGCCAAACUGUUUUGCAGAGACCACUGUCAUCCCAGCUGGUCGAGAGGUGAAGACUGAUGAAUGCACUAUAUGUCACUGUACUUAUGAGGAAGGAACAUGGAGGAUUGAACGGCAAGCAAUGUGCACUAGACAUGAAUGCAAGCAGAUGUAGAGAUCUAAAAGAACCACAAAACUCGGAUGCUUUUUUAAAAUAUUUCACUGACGCAGACACUCUAGGGGACCCUGGGAAGUCUCAAUCGAAAGGGAAUUUUUUUUGUGAGGAGAAAAUACUGACCUUUUGGUUUUCAUGGUAACCAUUGCUGCAAGAGUCAAAGAAAAACACACAUUUAAAAUGUCUCCGGACUGAGAGAUUCCUAUUAAGUAAAUGUACUAUUUUCACAGUGAGUACACUAAAGUACACUCUAUUAAAUAUUAUAUGUAUUUCUGUAAACCCAUUAGAGAGCUUCUAUUAAAUGUUUUAUAUAGAUACAGAUUAAAAUACUGAAUUA